UAAUAAGGUUUGGCAUACAGAAGAAUAGACCCUCUUUCUUCUCUCUGUCUGUCUGUCCUCCAUUUGGUAGCCCCAAUUCUCUGCAACUAGGGUUUCUGCUUCUCCUCAGCAUUUCCAUUUCUCUGCUUGCGAUCUUCAUCUCUGUGAAGAUUUCACAACUGGGUCAGUCGAAAUUCUUGAAAACAACAAAAGAUAAGCAAAAAAAUUGAAUCUUGAUUCUUGAUGGCAAAGACUAAACCAGGGAAAAAGGACCUUGAUUCUUACUCUAUCAAGGGUACCAACAAAGUCGUACGAGUUGGUGAUUGUGUAUUGAUGAGACCAUCCGAUUCGGAUAAGCCCCCAUACGUGGCAAAAGUAGAUAGAAUUGAGGCAGACCAUCGCAACAAUGUGAAGGUCCGAGUUCAGUGGUACUACCGCCCUGAGGAGUCAGUUGGUGGACGCAGACAGUUCCAUGGGGCUAAAGAGCUGUUCUUGUCUGAUCACUAUGAUUUUCAGAGUGCACACACAAUCGAAGGGAAGUGCAUAGUGCACUCCUUCAAGAACUACACAAAGCUGGAGAAUGUGGGCCCUGAGGAUUACUUUUGUAGGUUCGACUACAAAGCUGCUACAGGAGGGUUUACUCCUGAUCGUGUUGCUGUGUAUUGCAAGUGUGAAAUGCCCUACAACCCGGAUGAUCUCAUGGUACAAUGUGAAGGGUGUAAAGACUGGUUCCAUCCUAUCUGUAUGGGUAUGACCAUUGAUGAAGCAAAGAAAUUAGACCCUUUCUUGUGUUCUGACUGUUCAUCGGAAGAUGAUGCUAAACGACCCUUGAACUCUUUCCAUGUUGAGCCAAAGUCUUGGAAGAAGUUGCUGUCGAGGGAAGUGGAUAUAUUUCAAAACAAACCAGGAAAAUUGAUUUGGGACAAGCAGUGUGUAAUUGCUUACUUAGAAGCAGCCCAUGAUAAGGUGCAGGUGGAGUUGAAGCGCAGGAAGAGAUAGCAACUUGACUCUUUGAGAAGUGGGAGGAGGUACGCUUUUUCCUGCGUACUGUCCGAGAUGACAUAUGGAAUGGGAUUCAUGAUGCAGAAGUGCUUGUACAGCUGAAGUAUGGAGUUACUAGCUUUUUGGUUUCUGUAAUGUCAUUAUGACUUUUCAGAGCAAGCUCAUAUUUCUAAAGCAUCUUCAAACUCCUUUAGAAUUUGUAUGAACUAAAUUAACCAAGGGCCAUUGUAGACCUUUGUAGUAUAUUUGCCUUGUUAACUUAUCAACCCAAGUACCUUCAGGAAGGUAACCAAAUGUUGAAAAGAAAGUUAAAAACCAAGAUGGUCUAUCGAUAGCGUGUUUGUCCAAACUUUUAAAAUCUGCUUAUUUUGGAAA